ACACGAUAAUCUGCCGAUACAGGUUACAGUGCUCACCGUCAGUUAAUGUUCCCGAGUCUCAAGUCAAUAACAAGCUCGAUGUUCCUCAAGUUCAAAAUUGCCAGUCAUUUCAUCCCUUCUGCUAAUUUCUUGAGCGAUCCAAACUUGACAAGAUGCGUUCCUGUGCAACAAGGCUCACCGCCUUGCUAGCUGGGAUCUCUGUCACUUCUAUUGACGCCGUCAAGGUCAAUCCUCUUCCAGCCCCGCAGUCAAUAACAUGGGGCUCAUCGGGCCCUAUCGAGGUCGCCAACAAUAUCACACUCAUUACUCCGGCGAGCCAAAUUGUCAAUGAUGCCUGGAAUCGGGCUUGGACAACUAUCACCACUUUAGAAUGGGUGCCUCAAGCAGUUGAAGCUCCAAUAGCCACAUAUGCGGCAUUUCCUACUGGGGCAGCCUCGUCAAGUAAAGCCAGACGCGCAUGUCCAGCUCUUACUCAGAUCAGUCUCACCGUUUCUGACUACACUGCUGAUCUGCAACAAGGCGUCGAUGAAUCCUAUACUUUGAGCAUAAGUCCCUACUCCCCAACAGUGAACAUCACCGCUAGGACCGUGUGGGGUGCUCUUCACGCGUUCACGACAUUACAGCAAAUCAUCAUCUCUGAUGGGCAUGGAGGCCUCAUGGUUGAGGAACCUGUCUACAUCUCGGACUUCCCCAACUAUCCUUAUAGGGGAGCCAUGAUCGACACCGGACGCAAUUUCAUCAGUCUACCAAAAAUCCUUGAGCAGAUUGAUGGUCUGACACUUUCAAAAAUGAAUGUUCUUCAUUGGCACCUGGCGGACGCACAAUCCUGGCCCGUUCAAAUGCAGGUCUACCCACAGAUGACGGAAGGUGCGUAUUCACCACAAGAGACCUAUUCGCACGGCGACAUCCGCGGCGUCAUCUCAUAUGCCCGCGCUCGUGGUGUUCGAAUCAUUCCUGAAACCGACAUGCCAGGUCACGCAAGUCAAGGCUACGUAUCGAUCGAUCCGAGCAUCGUAGCCUGUGCAAACAGCUGGUGGUCCAACGAUGUUUGGGCAUACCACACAGCAGUGGAGCCUAAUCCGGGUCAGCUCGAUAUACUGAAUAACAAGACUUAUGAAGUGGUGAGCAAUGUCUUUGGGGAACUCGCAGGCCUAUUUACGGACAAUUUCUACCAUGUAGGCGCAGACGAACUCCAAGAAGGCUGCUACAAUUUUAGCACGGCUGUCCAGGAGUUCUUCGCUUCCAACUCGUCACGAACUUACAAUGAUCUUGUUCAAGUCUGGGUCGAUCGGGCGAUCCCAGUCUUCAGAGCAGCAGCCAACAAGACCUUGAUGAUGUGGGAGGACAUCAUCAAUGCAACGCCGCAUGCAUGGACCCUGCCCCAGAACAUUGUCCUUCAGACUUGGAACAAUGGGCUCGAAAACAUCCAGAAUUUGACUGCCAUGGGUUACGACAUCGUGGUUUCCUCCGCCGACUUCUUCUACCUCGAUUGCGGCUUUGGCGGAUGGGUUACCAACGACCCCCGGUACAAUGAAAUGACCAACCCGAAUGUUUCUGUUCCGAACUUCAACUUUUUAGGCAGUGGAGGCUCGUGGUGCGCCCCGUUUAAAACCUGGCAACGUAUCUACGACUACGACUUUACGUUGAACCUCACAGCAGAACAGCAAUCGCAUGUCCUUGGGACUGAAGUACCUCUCUGGUCGGAACAAGUCGACGACACGGUCAUCUCGAACAAGAUGUGGCCGAGGGCGGCAGCAAUGGCGGAGUUGGCCUGGUCUGGAAACAAGGAUCCGGUCACUGGCAUCAAACGGACGACCGAGAUGACGCAGCGGAUCCUCAACUUUCGUGAGUAUCUCGUUGCAAAUGGCGUGCAGGCGGCACCCUUGGUACCUAAAUACUGUCUUCAGCAUCCACAUGCAUGCGACCUGUACUACAACCAAACAGUACUCGCAGAAUAUGCGACAACUCAAUGA